GUUGUAAACAAACUUCCGUUAGAUAGGUUUUAAUACUUAAGCCUAGAAUCUAGAUCUAUGUGUUUUAAAGAAACGAGUAUUAUGUAGUGUAUAUCCCACACAACUGGAGUGUCUCCUCUAGUGAACCAGCGGAAGGAAAAUUAAAUCCAGAUUUUAAACAAGUCAACUUAAAAUAAAAUGGAACUUGUCAAAAACAUCCUACAGUUUGGAGCGGACAUCAACCAAACAGAUCAGAAUGGAAGGACGUGCCUUCAUAUUGCCGUCUCUAAGAUGAAAGAGUUAAAUAGUUUUGAAAUAAUUCCAUCUAAAGUUUUACAACUCCACUCGACAGAAAAAUAUAAAAACAAAUCGUUAAAAAUAUUGCAUCUCUUACUGGAGCAUGGACCAGGUGUAAACACAAGGGACGACUACAGGAGAACAGCUUUACAUUACAGUGUGGAACACGAACAGUUAGAAUGUACAAACAUGCUGCUUAAGGCAGGGGCUGAUGUUAAUUUACUUGAUGCCAACCACGAAACGCCUUUAAUAAUCGCGUCUCGUUUAUAUCUCAACUUUCAUAAUAUGAAGUCUGGUGUCAGUAGAGAAGACAUUUCUGUCUAUAGUGUUGAUUACUUGGCCAAAUUAGUAGCCUCUCUCAUCACCCCAGCUGCCCGUGUAAACAUUGCUGACAGAGAUGGCAACACAGCCUUACAUUUUGUUGACCAGACGGACAACGUUCAACUAGUUGAACGUUUGCUUGUUGCGGGGGGCGAUGUCAGCGUUGCAGCUAACAAUAAAGUAGCAGUUCUGCAUCUUGCUGCGAAAAACGGCUCCUGUGAUAUUAUGGAUAUUCUUUUGAAUGAUCCGCACAUUUCAGAUGUCAUUAACACAAGAAUGACAACGAUUCAUGAAAAACCCACCAAACGUCUGAAGGGGCGUCAUGUCCAAGAACAUUUGGGUCACAGUCUGGAAGAGAAAAUUUAUUUUUUAGAUCGCAAUCACAGACGUUCACAAGUUUGUCUAAACAAUGUGCCUGGUAAAACCGCCUUGAUGGUUGCUUUAGAGUACAGCAACGAGCAGACAGCUUUGAAAUUGUUGUCUCGUGCCCCUGACCUCAAUGUCCACUCAGAUGAAGACUACACAGCGUUGCACUUCGCUGCACACGGAUCAUGCACAAACGUAGUGCGGUAUUUGUUACAAGCAGGCUGUAAUGUAAACAAACAGACGGAAAAAGGACACACUCCUUUAAUGCUAGCUGGAAAUAAAAAAAUCGCUCUAUUGUUGUGCGACGCAGGUGCUGACCUGAAUUUGGUGGAUAAAAACGGCGAUAAAGCUUUACACCUGGCGAUAUACAGAAGUCAAGCAGGCGUUGCUCAAGCUUUGAUAAACAAAGGCGCUGUUAUUGAUGGAAACUUACCUGAACCUCUGCCGCCUCUGGUAUUGGCUGCAGCUCUGAAUGAGAUCGCCAUUGUCAAGAUGUUACUUCAAGCUGGAGCUAACGUCAACGUCUUGUCUUCAUCUGGAAUAUCUCCAUUGAUGGCAGCAGCAGCUUGUAAUACCGGUGGGUACAAUAACCCCGACGUAUUUCAAGUCCUCCAUGAACACGGAGCUGACUUUAACAUGGCAGGCAAGAAAGGCAGGACAGCUCUGAUGUAUUUUAUAAAACACGGCGAUAUGCUGGCUUAUUUAGAAACACUGGUAGCUUUUGGUACCGACCUUGACGUCAAAGACCAGGACAACAAAUCAGCCCUUGUCUACUGUUUGACGCACAAACACCAGCAUUUUCAGGUUUAUUAUUCAGACAGGUUGCUUAAAGCUGGCGCUAAUCCUGUUGUUGGGUCAGAGUAUCGUUACCUGGUGGGGAAGCAUGUAACGAAUAGCGAGAGUACUGAAGCUGAGCUAAUACUUGAGCGAAUUCUCUUGGGCUGCUUUUUUAAUUAUCUUCAAAUGCUGGUGUGCAACGGUAUAGUAUUAAAAGGUUUAAACCGUAUGAAUAGCAAGCGAGAAACAGAGAAUAGGACAGCUUUGAUGUUAUCUCUAGAGUUUCACAUUCAUGAUGUGACAAAAUAUCUUCUUGCCACUUGCUACAUGACGGUAGACGAUCUUAGAGGACUACGCCAGUUUUCCAAAUCAGAAAGAUAUCUAUACGCUGGAGAAGAGCUAAAAAAGGUCAUAUUAGCAGCGGCUUCCGAACCCUGGCCCCUGGUAAAACUUGCUUUUAUAAUGGUGUCGACAAUGCUAGGAGAAAGCCCAGAUAGAGAUGAAAGACUCGCUCAGACCAGUUUACCACCUAAACUCAAAGAACUUCUGAUGUUCCAAUUUCCAAUUUCAUUUCUUCCUGUCAACGAUUGGAGCAAGAUUCCCUUGUGUUAUGAUCCUGUUGAUUAUGAAACCUUGCAACGGCCUCGACCGUUGAUGUAUCACUGGCCUAUGGGCAUUAAUCUUGUUAGUUAAAAUGGUGCUAUUUUCAAAGCUUGAUAAAAAAAUUAUACCAUAUUAUAUUACAUCAUCUGCCAUCUUAAAUCAAGCUACGCAUCUAUUCAACAUCUCACAAAAUACUGCAACAAAAUUCAGACGUGUGGGCGGAUCUAGUCAUUGAGAUUUAGCUGGUUUUGUUUUUGUCUAGGAAGGAUAUAGAUA